AAUCGAUAAACAGAGAUGGAAAUGGUGGUAGAGAAUCAUUUGUAUGUUUCACCUAUUUAAUUUCCAAUUUAGAUUGAAUUUUCAAUCGCGCCCAGCCACAACGAUGGCAGAAGCCUCCACCGGCCUGAAUUCCACCGCCGCCGCAUCUGACGUCAUGCUCCGACCCUACGCCGGCCUCCACAUCAUCACUUCUGCCUCAAAGAAGAAGCCAUCCACCUACCGCCCCUCCAGCUUGAUGAUGGACUACAUCAUCCACCAAACCAACGACCUCCUCGUUGACCACCCCCACUUCCGCCGCUCCUCCCCCGACUACCACCCCUACAUACUCCGCCUCUACUACGGCAUACUCUUCUGGAUCCAAUGCCUACGCGCCGCCGCCGCCGUCCAAGCCCUAAACUCCGACCAACACCAAACCCUAACCCGAUUCCUCAGCGCUUUCCCGCCAGAUUCCCUCACCAUCUCCUCCCCACUCCUCUACUUGUUCAAAACCCUCUGCUCUUCUCCGCCGCCGCCGGAAAACCCUUCCUACGGCAAGGUUUACCCCCUCCUCCCCUCCCCACCCGGCCCCACCGCCAGAAGCGCAUUCAUGUCGAACUCCCCGUAUCACUACAUCAUCCCGAAUAUACCUGGCAUCUUAGCCCUUUUGAGCGAUCUCAAUUCUACGAUCAACGACAGUAAUAAUAACCCUGUCUACCCUGGUAAGGGCAAACAUGUUCCGGUUGCCGACAACCGGAACGAGCCUGUGGUGUUCGCCCACCACAGGUUUCCACCUACUGUCGAUAUGACCGACAAGGACCGGUGGAUGCUAGCAUCCUCCGGUCUUCAGUACCCUUGUGAAGCUGACGAAAAGCUUCACAAGGGCUUUGCACAGCGGUACGAAAACUUCAGUUUUCCUACCGCUGUUGCUGAUGAUGAUGAGGAUUUGUCGACUUUGGAGCGUUUCUUCUCGACGUUUGACUCUCUUUCGUGGUUCGCCCGUGUUAGAGAAGUUGCUGCUGUUGAAGCUGCGUACUUUGAAGGUUCCGGCACGUUGGCCGAUUGCUCUCCUUCAGGGGGGAUUGUUUCUAACCAGAUAGUUGUAGCCUAUCAAGGCACGAGUACACCUCCAAUUGCUCCCACGCAUUCCUUUGACACACGUGCACUUUUCCCAUUUUCGAUUAGGCUACAUACUACGGUUCGAUCAAUUCCUGAGCUCGCAGAGGCUAUGGCGGCAUUUGCUCAAACCAAUAUCUCUAUGUUUGCAACUCACCCCUGGCUUCAUGCAAUUGAUGAAAACUCCAGAGAUGGUCCAUUUUGGCAAAUUCGCCCGGUCGAGAAGUCAUCCAUUGACCAAACCUCGUACCUUUCGCUUAAAGAUAUCAUUAGAGGUUUGAUUAGGCACAAGUCUACUCUGAUUUUGUGACUUCU